CUCCCAUGGCAAAUACCCCAAACCACCACGUGUGGUGGUAGGCCAGAGCUUGCUUAAGCAGCCCUUGCCCUUGGUAGUCCUGGUUCUGUAAUGCUUGGUGAUCCCAAAUGAAUUCAUUUCAAUGAUUUUUGGUAUAUCAGGUAACAGACAAAGCAAAAGAGGCUAUUUGUUUUUGAAGUGAGGAAAUUCCUCUUCCUCCUGGGAGCCAUAUGGGGUUAGGAGGUGGAGUGCAGAAGAGAUCUCGUUUCCCACUGUGUGAAGCUCAGCAGGGGGACUCUUUGGGAUCUGCUGAGACAAGCAGCAUGUCCUAACAAGAAGCUGCAGCAAUCAGCAUUUCCCUGGUGGGAGAAGGCUCCUCUCCCCAACACCAUUAGUUGGGUUUUUGUCCUGCUUGUUGUGUCGUCUGUUGUUGGGAUUCAUAGGGUCAGCUCUGCAGUUUGCCAGAGCUGCAGUCCCUGCAUUGGCAACAUCUCCAGCUGGGGCCCAGGCAGCUUGGCUCAACGGGGUAUUGUUUAUUCCACCCAGGAAUAUGCAAGGACCUCGGGGAGCUUUACAGAGCAACAUGUUCUGCUCUGAACAGGGAGAGUCACUGUAUGUGGCGACAGCUCUGAAGGCUGGCAAGAGCUGUCAGGGCAUGCUGGUGUGCAGGUAAUGUCCUACCCUAGAAGUGUGGAUGAGGACUGUGCAGGCUGUGCAGAUGCAGUGGGGUGUGGAGAAGGGAAGGAGGGCUGUCCAGAUUUGGAGAACAUGAGGAGGAACAGAGGAAAAAGGUAGAAAUGCCUCAGCAUGUAGUUAGUAAGCUGCUGUUCUUGACACGCUGUGUGAAGCCAGGUGUAACUCCUGUUUCCCUCCCACUGUGUGCUGUGUAUUGAUCCUGAAGAGUGCAGUGAGAGCUGCAGCAUAUCUCUUGUCAAAGCCAGAUCCAAGAGCCUGAGGGUGCACUGAACAGGGCUCAGGGGCGUCUCUGUCUCUGGGAGUGGAUUGUGUUUCCAGUGAACAGACAUUAAGCUAUAAUGAGUGGAAAGAGGCAUGAAAAGAUGUAGGUGAAAUGCAGGGGGGUUUUUCGUUUUUAAAAAAUAUCACUGGCAGUAUUUGUUUAAUAUUUUUAAUAUUAAUUUCUCUAAUAAUUCUGUUACAAGCUUUUUUUUUGUACAUUUCUGUGAGUCUGACCCAUUCCUGGUCUACUGCUCAUGCAGGAUGUAAGAUUUUUUAAGAGAUUGAGACAUCUGCUGCACAAGAAUCCACUUGUCCCUCUUGUGCAAAUCCAGUGUGCCUGUGGAAGCCCACAAGGCACAUUUUAGUCUGCUGGUGAAACAUUAGUUUUUCAGUUAUGGUGCUGUCAUACUGACCAUAGUCAAUGCUGCUUCUUCAAUGAGAAACUGAAAUGUAUCAUUGAGAGGGGAAACAAGUGGUGAUAGCACCUGCUAAGUUUGGUUACCUUGCUUCUAAUUUGUGGCAUCCAUCCGUUACUGUUUUUUAUCUCAUGAUCUGAGCAGCCCUUUGGGAAUACCACUGGAUUAGUUGUCUUCAAACCCUUUGGGUCUCUCCUUUUUCUGGGGCUGUUAAUACUUUUUGUAAUCAGCCUAAAAUGAUCUCUUCACAUUGCUGCCUUAUCUCUUAAGUGGUUGAAAUCCUUGCUUCAGCAUCUUUAGUAGGCCUGCUUCCAUCUAAGUGAUGGUACUUUGACAAGUGCCUGACCAUUAUUUGUGAUGCUGGUGAGUCUGUUGUUUGAGAUUUCUUACCCUGCACAAUCUCAGCUGCAAAAGAGAGGAGGAAUACAAGAAGCUGUCAGUCUGUGUACAAAUGCCUUUUCUUGGCUGUGGUGACUUGAUCCAAUCUGUGCCUAAGGUCUCAAAACAGUAUUGUAACAGAGUUAAUAGCCGUCAUUUCGUUCUGGCCCCUCCUUUCAUCAGCCCAUGCUGGACCAGACACGCUCCAGAGAUAAUGGCAAAAUGGGAUAGGCAGUCUUCCAUGGAGGUAAUGUUACUGUGUGCUGAGCAGGCAGGCAGGCAGGCUGGUGGGGGUGAUUAAUGCUCUGGGAAUCUGCUCUCUGCCUUGCUGCACAAUGCUUUUGUGUCAGGCCCAGAGCUUAGCACCAGGCAGGCUGCAGUCGAGUGCCAGGAACACGUUACCUGGUUUGUGCAGGAUCAGGCAGCGAGACAGAGCCCGUGUGUUCUCAGCAGGGUGAGUUUGCUGCUGCGCCACAACUUCAUACUUUCACAGUGAGGCUCUCUUUGGAUGCGGGUCUGCUGCUGGGUGGGGCAGGAGUCCUGCGACUCCAGUCCUGACCUCCUCCAGCGUGAAAUCCCUGAGCUUGCUCAGUUGUGGCGGAGCCCUCCCUCCUUCCCUCUGGCAGGCAGGGAUCACCCAUCCUUAAGGUGAGAGGGGAUGGUGCUUGGCCAGCUGUCAGGAGCCGUGACUCACGGGGGAUCACAGACAGAGCCCUGCUCUCCCUGCAAUCUGCUCUUCCUUCUGGAGCCUCUUUGUGAGCUGUUGCUGAAUGUUUGUUUUCACCACAUCUAGGGUGGAUCUGGGAGAAGCUUGGGCCCACUAUUUAGCCUGAAGAGUUGGACUCAUAGGUUUCUGCUAUCCUGAACUGCAGCUCUUUGUGCUCCUGAUUCACUCCAGUCCAUUCAUCUCUUUUUGGUGGCAGAGUGCUGUCGGCUGCUGGAUAUUGGGCUCUUUGUUUGUACAGCCAGUACAAAGCUGGUGACAAAGGGACAGCCUGUGUCCCAAGGAGCCCACGUGCUAUGGGGAAGGCAGUGGAGAGUAAUAGGAGCAACGGAUGGGACGACAGAGGAGGUGAGUCGGACUGGAUAAACAGAGUGGUCCAGUCAGCAGAAAGCCUUUCCCUGGCUGGAUCCCCCACUGGCACUCUCACUGGAAGUUGGCUGCACCUCAUCAGCAGAGAUGUUUUCUUUUCUCUGUGUUAGCUUCCCCUCUUCCUGACUCUCCAGGGCUCAGCCUUAGGCACUGAUCCGCCUUCAGACCCUGCGCAAUGGAGGCUGGCUCUGUGGUACGGGCAGUCUUUGAUUUCUGUCCCAGUGUCUCUGAAGAGCUGCCCCUCUUCGUGGGAGAUGUCAUCGAGGUGUUGGCCGUGGUGGACGAGUUCUGGCUCCUUGGCAAGAAGGAAGGUGUCACAGGGCAGUUUCCUAGCAGCUUUGUUGAACCUGUGGAUAUUCCUCCUUUGAAGCAGGGAGAAAAACUGCUUGUUUGUACCAAUGACUUCACAUCUCAAGAGCCAGGGAGCUUAUCAUUGCAGAGAGGAGACCUGGUGAUCCUGGGGGGGUCCCUGGCCUCCAGCUGGCUCCAGGGCCGGAGCAGCUGGGGUUCCAAGGGCUUUUUCCCCUCAUCAUGUGUGCGGGAGCUGUGCCUUUCAGUUCGGAGACGUCAGCUGUCCCAGAGCACUCUCCUGGAGGUGCCUGCCUACUCACUGGGCCAAGCCCGGGCCCUGAUGGACCUGUCUGCUCAGCUAGAGGAGGAACUGGACUUCAGGGAAGGGGAUGUAAUCAACAUUGUUGGUGUCCCAGAGCCUGGCUGGUUUGAAGGUGAGCUCAGAGGCUGCAGAGGCAUUUUUCCAGAGGGUUUUGUGGAACUGCUUACUCCUCUGCGAGCACCAGGAACCUCAGUGGAUCCAGAGCCCACUGGGACUUGUGACACCAAUGGGACAGUAGAGAUGCCCCCCAAGGAGGACGAGGAGCCAGGGAACACUUACGGUGUUGCCCUCUAUCAGUUCCAAGCUAUGGAGUCCAAGGAACUGGAUUUUGAUGUGGGUGACAGGAUUCGGAUUGUUGGCGUUCUGGAAGAUGGCUGGCUGGAGGGGGAGCUGAGAGGAAAACGUGGCAUCUUUCCACACAGAUUUGUGAGGCUGGAAGCCUCUGAGGCUUGCAGGGUAAAGGUGUGUGCCGGGGAUCUGCACGGUGGAGACAGCUGUGGAUUGUCCAUCCAUCAAGACCCAGAAAACACCUGCUCUGAAGCUCUUCCUUUGCUAGGGAAAGAUAACAGGGAAAAGGAAGAGGGCUUGGCUGCACACCCUGAGCCUGCCACCAUUUUGUCUCACAAGGUGGGGAGGUCAGAGGGUCCUCUUGCAACUGACUUGAGACAGCAUCAGGCCUUUCCCAGCACAGGACACCAAGGGCUACAUCCCAAAGGCCCAGUGGACUCUCUCCCCUCUGCCUGCAUGAAGACCGUCAAUGGCCUUCUCCUCUCUGCUCAGCUGCCUCCUCCACAGGGCAACAGGCCUGGCCAAGCAGGUGAGUUGGAGCCUGGGGGGACCAUUUCAGCCUCCUCAGGAAAAUCAGAAUGUCACGCUCUGCUCGAGCAUGAUGGAGACAGUCCCGCUGUGCCCUUGCAGGCUUCCCACGUCCCCCAAGAUCCUUACAGGAGCCAGGCAAUUUCAUCUUCUAACAGCUGGGCAGCAUCCCAGCCCCAGGAGAUCCAGAGCAGCACCCAGGAUCUAGACAAUUGGAUGGACAGUCAACAGGAGAAGUCCAAGCCCUGUUCCUCCAGCUCAGGAGCUGCCCAGGUGGGCCUGGACACAUGGGCUGGGAGCUGGGGGGAGUGCUGCCCACUUGCAGUGCAGGGGGACAGCUGCACAGACCUUGACUCCAAACUGACGGAGCAGCUGGCACAGUUUGAGAAGAGUCUGUCAAGUACCAGUGCUGAGCAGAACAAGGUCUCCCGUCAUUUCUCUAUCUUGGACUACAGCUCUGAGAAGGACAUUGUCCGUGGGUCUCCUGUGUCUGUCCCCCACUCCAGGCAGGCAGAGAGGAGGAGGGCCCUGAGGCCACCCCCUCCUCGGCCCAGCAGCCUUGCGACAACCCCUGUGCACAUGCUGGGUGGCCAAACGUCCAAAGGCAGGUCUCUGUCCUUCUCGGUCAAGCCCUCCCGGCCUGCACCCCGGCCUCCAUCAGGCAACCAGCGGAAAAAUGUGGCCCCUGCACAGCUUCAGCCCAGCACCCCAGAGCAGCGGGUGGAGGAGGGACGUGAGGACUUGACACAGGCAGGAUCAGCUUCCCCCUGCUCCAUUCUGCUGACUAGGAUUGGAGAGGUAGAGCGAGACUUGGAAGCUUAUGGCAAGACCCGUGCUGAGCUAAGCCUGAUGCUGGAGGAGCAGCAGGAUGAGCUGCUGAGAGCAGAGACCAUGGAAAACCUUGAAUUCUGUGACUCCAACAUUGAGAGCCUCAGCAUGGAGCUGCAGGAGCUGAGAGAGAUGACUCUCCUGUCCUCCCAGACACCAUCCCUGGAGACAUCCUCGGCUGCCACUGAGAGCGCAGAGCAAAGGAUGCUGGAGAAGAGGUCCAAGGUUAUCGAGGAACUGCUCCAGACAGAGCGGGACUAUAUCAGAGACCUGGAGAUGUGCGUGGAGAGAAUCAUGGUGCCCCUGCAGCAGGCACAGAUGCAGAACAUAGACUUUGAGGCCCUUUUUGGAAACAUCCACAUGGUGAUUAGCUUCUCCAAGCAGCUGCUGUCCACCUUGGAGGCUUCAGAUGCCAUUGGGCCAGUGUUCCUGGCACAGCGUGCAGAGCUGGAGAGUGUCUACAGGGUAUAUUGCCAGAACCAUGAUGAGGCCAUCGCACUGCUGGAAACCUAUGAGAAGGAUGAGAAGAUGCAGAAACUACUCCUGGACCUAUUGGAUAGCCUCAGGAGCCUGUACAGUGAGUGGGGCUGCACAAACUACAUUAACCUGGGCUCCUUCCUCAUCAAGCCCGUGCAAAGGGUGAUGCGGUACCCACUGCUGCUGAUGGAGCUGCUGAGUGCCACUCCCGAGGCUCAUCCUGAUAAGGCACCACUCACAGCUGCUGUCCUUGCAGUCAAAGAAAUCAACGUCAACAUCAAUGAAUACAAGCGCCGGAAGGACCUGGUGCUAAAGUACAGGAAGGGGGAUGAGGAUAGCCUCAUGGAGAAGAUCUCCAAGCUCAACUUCCACUCUAUCAUCAAGAAAUCCAACCGUGUGAGCAGUCACCUCAAGCAUCUCACAGGCUUUGCACCCCAGCUGAAGGAUGAAGCCUUUGAGGAAAUGGAGAAAAAUUUCCGGAUGCAGGAGCGGCUGAUCAAGUCCUUCAUCCGGGACCUUUCCCUCUACCUGCAGCAUGUUCGGGAGUCUGCUUGUAUGAAGGCUCUGGCAGCAGGGAGCAUGUGGGACUUGUGCACAGAGAAGGCGAGUGGGGACUUGGACCAGUUCCAGAAAGUGAAUCGUCUCAUCAGCGACCAACUCUUCUCCAACUUUAAAGAGCGGACGGAGCGGCUGGUGAGCUCCCCCCUGAACCAGCUGCUGAGCAUGUUUGCAGGGCCCCACAAGCUGGUGCAGAAACGGUUCGACAAACUGCUUGACUUCCACAACUGCACGGAGAGAGCGGAGAAGCUGAAGGACAAGCGAACCCUGGAGGAGCUGCAGUCAGCCCGCAACAACUACGAGGCCCUCAAUGCCCAGCUGCUGGAUGAGCUGCCCAAAUUCCUGCGCUUCGCCAAGGAGCUGUUUGCCAGCUGCGUGCGGGGCUACGCCGAGGCACACUGCGACUUUGUGCGCCUGGCCCUGGAGGAGCUGAGACCACUGCUGUCGUUGCUAAAGGUGUCUGGCAGGGAGGGGAACCUCAUUGCCGUCUUCCAGGAUGAGCACAGUCGAGUCCUCCAGCAGCUCCAGGCCUUCACCUUCUUCCCAGAGUCCCAGGCAGCUCCCAAGAAGACUUUUGAAAGGAAGAGCAUGGAGCGGCAGUCUGCCCGGCGGCAGCCCCUUGGCAGCUUGCCGACCUACUUCCUGCAAUCGGAUGAUGUCCGAGCUGCCCUCCUGGCCCGCUAUCCCCCAGAGAGUCUCUUCCAGGCAGAGCGCAAUUUCAAUGCUGCCCAGGACCUGGAUGUCUCACUGCUGGAAGGAGACAUUGUGGGCGUCAUCAAGAAGAAGGACCCCAUGGGCAGCCAGAAUCGCUGGCUCAUAGACAAUGGGGUGACGAAAGGGUUUGUGUACAGCUCCUUUCUGAAGCCCUACAACCCACGCCGCAGUCAGUCGGACGUCUCUGUGGGCAGCCACUCUUCCAACGAGUCGGAGCACAGCAACUCCUCUCCCCACAGCAACGCCACACUGACCUUCAGCCCCAGCGGGGCGGCUGUCACCUUCACUCAGAAACCCCUGAAGGACUCUGCCUCCCCAGCAGACACGUACCAGUCUGGGCAGCCCCCCUUGGAGAUGGACUCCCCCUCUCUGUCCCAGCUUGGGUGCGGUGACAGGACAGCCCCACUGGAGGCUGGUACGGUGAUGUCUCAGUGCCGCUACAGCCGCCCCGAGCUGGGCUGCAGCCCCAGCUCUCGCAACGGGCACCUCACCAAAGCGCAUCUCAGGCCCACGCCCUCAGUGGAGGAUAGAGACUCUGGAUUGGAGAGCAGCGAGUCAGAGGGCAACCAGGUCUAUUACGCUCUCUACACCUUCAAAGGCCGAAACACUAAUGAGCUGAGUGUGUCAGCUAACCAGAGACUCAAGAUCCUGCAGUUUGAGGACAUCACAGGCAAUCAGGAGUGGUGGCUGGCCGAGGCACACGGAAAGCAGGGCUAUGUGCCCUCGAGUUACAUCCGGAAGACAGAGUACACGUGAGGCGACAGGCAGGAGCCUGCACCCCAUACCUUGUUCCUGCCAGGACUGCUGGGGGUCUUGGGGAGGCUGGCCAGCCCUGCAGCCCCCACUGCUUGCCCCAAGACUGUCCCUCUCACAGCUGUGCAGUGCUAUUGGGCCCCAACACACUGGCUGCCACCUCCCCAUCAAGGGAGGAAGAAUGGUGAGCUGGCCAGGUAGGCAGGACAGGUAGCUUAGGUGGGGGCAGGGGUGAGUUCACCUGUGCUGUUUGAGCUGCCUGUGUGCAGCCAGGGGCAGGGGAGCAAGGCUUGGGGCUGUGGUCUGCCCAGGAGGGUAAGGCUCGACUAAAGCUGAGGAGCUGCUGUGGGUUUAAAUUGUGGAAGACUAAUGCCAAGUUUCUGGAGACUGUGUUUAGUCAAGUAGUAUUAAAAGCAGCCCAGAUUUCGCCAGUGUGCUCUCUGUGCCUUAGCAGCAGCAGGAGCUGGGUUUUGUCUGUCUGUGCAGGACCCAGGGUGGGACAUCUACACCUGCCUGGGGAAGCAGCUCUGAGGUUUGCUGGGAGUAUCUGAGCUCCAGGGCUGGGAUGGGCCUGGCCUCUGAAAUUCCCACAACGAAGCCCUCAGCAGGUGCCUUACCCCUGGGCCUGGCCUUCCAGGGGCUCAGCCUCUCCAAGCUCUGCUGCUACCAGGAGCCAUCAGGUUCUCAUCUCAGGUGAGGCAGAAGUCCAGAACACCAUCUUGCCUUGUCAGUGCAUUUCCCAUGCCCAAGACCCAGCUUUGCACUGACAAGCCCACCUGAAAGCUCUGGGCUGGGGCAGGGCAGAAGGCAAAGCACAAAUUGUCCUCCAGCUUGAUUUUUUUGGGGCUCUGACCAGAAUUGCCUCACCUGUGCCUUCUUUCAGGGCACUGGAGACAGUGCUGAUGUUCUGGAAGGGCAGGACCAUCCCUGGGAGGGAUGUGCUGCCUUUUGGUGUGUGAUACCUGCUGCUGCCGUGCCCAGAAGGGAAGAAGCUCUCUUCAUGGGGCAAUGUUUGUAUCCCCUGUACUGCUGCUCUGUAAAUAAAGAUUUACCCUUGUGUA